UUUUUUUUUUUUUUUAAUGGGAUCCCACAGCAGCGCGGGGGGGGGGGAGGGGCGGGCCGGCCCCUCCCCCCGCCUCGGGGUGACCCCGGGGGGGGCGAGGAAGAGGAAGAGGAAGAGGAGGAAGAGGAGGAAGAGGAAGAGGAAGAGGAAGAAGACGUCGACCUGGCCCAGGUCCUGGCCUUCCUUCUGCGCAGCCCCGCCUCCCCCCGACACCCGGAUCCUGGACGGCCAAACCGAAUUGAAAUCCCAGCUGGAAUUGGCCGUGGGGCGGGGAGGAGGGGUCGGUCCCACGGAGGAGAACUUGCCCCGCCUCCUCCGUCAGCGCGAGUGGGGGGCCGGGUGCCCGCUACCGGCAGCUUCUCCCCGGGCGAGAAAUCCCGCUUGGGCUCCCAUUUCCUCCCCAAUCACGUGACCUUCACCGACUCGUACCCCCAAAAAGCGUUCUGCGGGCUCUUCUCCGACGACGGCUCCCUCUUCGUCUCCGCCUGCCAAGACCACACCCUGCGGCUCUACGAGUGCCGGGGGGAGGGGCUGCGCCUCUUCCGAGCCGCUCGGGGGCGCGACGUCGGCUGGAGCAUCCUCGACGUCGUCUUCACCCCCGACGCCGCCCACUGCCUCUACUCCAGCUGGUCCGACUAUGUCCACGUGUACGACAUCUACGGGGACGGGGACAAUCACACGGCCCUCGACCUGCGGCCGGAGGAACGUCGCUUCGCCGUCUUCUCAUUGGCCGUGGGGCCGGACGGGCGGGAGGUGGUGGGCGGAGCCAACGACGGCUGCCUCUACAUCUACGACCGGGAGGUCCAACGCCGCGUCCUACGGGUGGAGGCCCACGAGGACGACGUCAACGCGGUGGCGCUGGGGGACGCGGGGGGGCAGCUCCUGCUGUCGGGCGGCGACGACGGCGUCUGCCGGGCGUGGGACCGCCGCCUGGGGGAGGGGCGGCCCCGCCCCGUCGGCCUAUUGGCCGGCCACCGCGACGGCAUCACCUUCCUCCACCCCCGGGGCGACGGCCGUUACCUGGCGUCCAACUCCAAGGACCAGACGGCCAAGCUGUGGGACCUGCGCCGCCCCGCCGGCCCCGCCGGAUUGGCCGCCGCCCGCCGCGCCGUCGCGCGCCAGAGCUGGGACUACCGCUGGCAGCGGGCGCCCCGGCGCGCCAUGGCGACGGCGCCGUUGCCGGGCGACAGCUCGCUGAUGACGUACCGGGGUCACGCGGUGCUGCACACGCUCCUGCGCUGCCGCCUGUCCCCGCCCCGCGGCGGGGGCGGGGCCUACCUGGGCACGGGCUGCGCCUCGGGGGCGGUGCUGGUAUACGACGUGCUGACUGGCCGGGCGGUGCGGCGGCUGGCCAAUCACGGCGCCUGCGUGCGGGACGUCUGCUGGCACCCCCACGAGGGGACCCUGGCCAGCGCCUCGUGGGACGGCACCAUCCGCCUGUGGGAUUACCAGGAUCCGCAGGCCGAGGACGCGGGGGGGGGACACGCGCCCCCCGACCCCCUGCCCCACAGAGCCCUAGCCCCACGGCGACGUCCCCCCCCCCCCCAAUAAACCCGCUGCGACCCCCAAGUACCGCCUGGGGGGG